UUUGCAAAACAAAAAUAUUAUUUUAUUUUUAAAACUAAUUUUAAGUAAUUUUAAGUAAUUUUAUGUAAUUUAAAAAGUUUUUUAUUACACUUUUUAUAAUCACUUUUUUUUGUUUAAUUAAUUUUUUAUUUUUUUACCGACGAAUGUAUACAUGACAUGAUGGCGACCGCCGACGGUAACAAUAACUACGAAUUAGACGAACUGAACGACGCGGUCAACGAGUUUUGGUUGACCACCGAUCGAUUGGUUACCGAAUGUCGGCAACAAUUGGACCGAAUUGUCCGCCACAAGUCUCGCUGCAAUAUAGCCAAAAGUGUGGGCACCGGUGUCGGCGGUGUAGGAUCGGUGGCCGUUGUUGUCGGCGUCGGUUUGACACCGUUUACGGCCGGUCUGUCGGCACUGGUCUCACUCGGCGGCGGUAUUACUGCAGCAUUGGGUGCCGUCACUACCAUUGGUACAGAAGCGGGCGAUUAUUUCAGGCAACGAGCGUUUCACCGUAACCUUGUCAAUGUGGCCACCGAACGCAACCAAUCGGCCGAACGUUUAGCGAAAAAAUUGGCGGCAUUUGACCAGUUUUUAGGUCGCAAAUAUGGCCAAUCACUAGAAGAAAAACAUGAAGUUAUCGGCGACGAUAACCAGCAAUCUAUGGGACCAAACAUUGUAAAGUUGGUACAGGUUUUGGCCAACGGUUCGAUGAAUGUCUAUAAAAUUGGCGAAAAAUCGGUAAAACUGGCGAACAAUGUCAAAGAGUUUCGUGUUAUGCGUGCGGCCAAAACAGUCAAAGACGACAUAGCGAUUGUCGGUAAAGUUGGCCAAAAUAUCGGAACUCUCGCAUCGGCCGAAACUAAAGGUGUCAGUGGACUAAUCAGUAGCGCCACCAAAGCUACCGUUCCCUCUGCCGGAAAGUUGGCUCUUAGAGGCGCAUCGGCUGCGGUCGGUAUUGUUUUCACAGUGAUCGAUGUGGUCUCACUGGUCAAAGACUGGAACCGUAACCAUCCGUCGGCCACUGCUGUCGAGUGUCUAAUCGAUGAUCUUCUUGAGGAUAUGGAUGUCGUGAAAACAUUGAACGAUGUGAUCGUUGCAUGGAAUCACUCAUUGAUAUUAUCAGAAUAUUAUAGUGACGAAGAUAUUAUCGAUGAUCAGUCAUCCAUCUCUUACUAUACUAUUGACGACACCUACGAGUGCGGCCAACACUUGUGAGUGUAUUUCCUAACAUACAAUACAGUCACUUAUGUAUGAAUGAGUUUUUUUAAGACUCGAUGAUGUUAUUAUCAUUUAAUUUUAUGAAAUAAUUUUAUGGUUUAUCUUUUAUUAGAGUUGAUUGUGGUAUAUAUAUACACUACAGUACUGUUUACUGUAUGAGAAUAUAUUAUUAUAAUAUGUGAUAAAAAUUAUUGGAAAAAUUUUUUUAAGUUUAAUUUAGUAUUAUCUUUUAAUUGUGUU